GCGUCAAGCACCAUGGCAACUGCGACAGAGCUGGUGUUGAGAUCGGUAGAUGAGGAAGAAAUUGUGGUUUUAAACUUGCUAAAGCGACCCAAAAGAAGAAGGUCGUCUGUUCGUCCUCUGAACGAUAGACGGGGGGUCGUAGUGAAAAUAUCCCCUCAUUCUCCCUGAACCACAUUGUCUGGCUCUAGCUUUCACUUUUAAACGUCACGGUGUAGGAGAUAUCUCAACAGGGCCAUGAAUUAUUCUCUGUUUUUACCAUUUGUGAAUAUCUGCCUCAUUGACGGAUCAUAUGAGCCGGCCUAGAUGCGCACUGCGCGUCACGGGAAGUGACCUCAAAAUGACGUCAUCGCUGCCAUGCGGACGGACCGAUGCGUCAAGCAUAAGUCCACCUUGACUCAAGCAGCAGCGGACUGACGGGCUGUAGCGGAGCUAGUUGUGCCGACCUGAAGAAUAUCACUGUGCGAGUGCUGUUGUUGCUAACGUUACCCAGUAGCAGCCGAAAUGGCUGAGGAUGGCAGUGGAUGGGUUGUGGAGAGCAUCGUUGGCUACCUGGGAAGCCCUGAAUGGAUCAUUCCUGUCAAGGAUUUCAUGGAAAGCAGAUGCACAGUUUUUGAUGACGAAGAUGAAAAUAAGUUAUCAUACACAGAAAUCCAUCAACAGUAUAAGAAGUUGGUGGAGAUGCUGUUAGAGAAUUAUAUUCAGGAGGUUGGCAUCAAUGAGCAGCAGUUUCUGGAUGCAUGCACCUCUCCUUUUGCCAAGUCCAAAGCUCUGCAGUCAGUGUUCCAGCCCGUUCUUGCCUCAGAUGACUACCAGAUGUUCCGCUCAAUGAUGGUUCAGAAGAACAUGGAGCUGCAGCUUCAAGCCCUCAGGGUCAUUAAAGACAGAAAUGGGGCGCUCCCUGAGUGUCUGACUGACGGUUUGGAUGUCAUGACAGAGUUGCAACAACAAGAGAUGAAAAUCCUGCAACAGGUUCUCAAAAAAUCAAAAGAGGAGUAUGAUGAGGAAAUGUCCAGGAGGCUGCUCUCAGAGGAAGAGGCUGGUUCCACUUCCAGUGACUGCUCUGAUUGGUCAAUGGCAGAGAGUGGCGAAGCCCAGAAUACCAACUCUUCUCCCAGCCAGCGAAGUAACAGUGCCAAGGUCAACGAAAGCCCUGUCAGAACAUUGGAGAGGAAGACGGCUGUCCCCGGAGGUGGAUAUGAGAAAGAUUGUGGCAGUUCCAGUGAGUCCAGAGUCCUUCCAGCAGUGAGAGCUCCAGUAAAGUCCAGCGAGCCCUCCAUCAGUAGCGGUCCUCAUACGAAGGAGCAGAGCAGCAUCCAGACUGCAGUCGAGACGUGGCUGGAGGAGGCACACAGGGAAGCAGGCUUCUCUAAGCCAUUUACUGAGUUGUCAGUAUCACAGCAGGAGCAGCUCCAGCAGAGGGCAGUGUAUCUUCGUCAGCAGCGAGACAAGCUGCUCGCACUGAAGAAAGAACAGCAGAAAUCCAAGCAGACAACCACAUCAGAGGAGGAACCCACUAGCCAAACACCAGCACCUACCACCACCCCGAUGUCUGCAGAGGAGAGGAAGAAGCUAGAGAAGAGAAAACAUCUGGCUGACAAGCUGAAAGAGGAAGUGAUCAAGAAAUAACAUCCCCUCUUCUGCACCGUUCUUGUUAAUAUAUUAUCUCUAUGAUCCAAAAAUCAAACACAUGGCUUCCAUUACAUAGCCUCCACCUGUCAGAUAAUUCACUCUACACAUUUCAAGGUUUUUCCCAAACAUGAAAAAAUGAGACCUUCCUUAUUCUGAGGUUUUUUUUUCAUGCAUAUUUUAAAUAUUUCAAGUACCACUGUCUGGCAGUUUCCACUCAUACCAUGCCACACAAGAAUUCUAAAAUCUGUCAGAUAGUUACAACUGUUUGAUCAAGUUCAGAAAGUCAUGCAAAUUAAAAUGCACACAGACCAGUCAUGCAAUAAGCUGCCAAUGUUACCAAGCUUUAGUGGAGAACCUAAAUGGCUUUUAUUAGAGUUUACUUUACUAGAUGCAAAUGUCCAAAAUCACUCCUCAUUUGACACUGUGGUAACCAUUUAAUUCAGAUUGUCUAAAUUGAAUUGAACAAUUUAUUGACGAUAUGUCCCCCAAAAUAUUGAUGUACGGAUCAUAAGCUGCUUUCAGACAUUCACUGAGUUCAUGUCUGAAAACAACAUAAGGUGUCAAAUGGGCCAUUGACUCCACAUUGGGCACAACUGGCCAAGCGUUGUCUUGGGCAGUUUUCCCACAUUUAUGUGACAUAACGACAUGACUUGGAGGGUCCCAUGAGCACUUGUUUUUCACUGUCAUUAGCAUUCUCAGAGGGAAGAGUCAGAGCCAAGAGAACCUUUACUUUCUACUAGGAAUGCCAUAAUCAGCAGUCUUCACUUUAAGCAAUCGUCGUCAUUUAUGUGAUAUUGUAUCAGGUAUGCUCUUUGAUAAAUCACAUUUUAUAGAAA